AUGGCCAACACCGGCCAUCAUUACGGUGUGACGGCAUGUCUCGGAUGCAAGACAUUCUUCCGAAGAGUCGUGCUUCAGGCAAACUCGCCAAAAUGCAAAUAUAAGAAUCAGUGUCGAUUAGAAAAAAGCGCAAACGCAAAACGGCUAUGCAGAAGUUGUAGAUAUCUCAAAUGCAAAGAAGUUGGAAUGACCGAAGAAGCGUUGCAUCCCGGAAGAGAUGUGAUAGGAAGACGUCAUCGUCAUUCGGAAGAUUCGUCGCCGAUGUCAAACUCCUCGAUAAAUCAGAGUCAUGAAAUUGAAAGCCCUUUAAACUUCAACCAAGACGAUAUCGAUGUGCUCGAAGCAAUUCAGGAAAUGGACAUAGAAAUACGACAACGAACUGCACGCUUGAGAGGACAAUCGCCCAAAGAGAAACAGUCGUUCAAUUUUUAUAGUCCGACGUGUAAUUAUUCGAAUGUGGCGGUUAACCACAGUAUAGGAGGUUCGCUGAAAGUCGACAUCUCACUAUUACGUGAAUGGGUUAGCCGUGUGCCGGACUUUACCCAUCUCACCGACAAAUACCAACAAUAUUUGUUGAGGCGAUUUUGUCUACGAUAUACUGUUAUAGAGCAUGGGCUAUUCACUGUCCAGAUGCCGCCGCACAAGAACGUUUGGUUCUUAUCGGACAGGACGUGCCUGGUUAGCAGCAUGAUCGACAUCCCCGAUGAGAUCAGGAGCCUCUUAACACCGGCGAUAAUUGAAGAGCAGAAGCUUCUAGCUCCUUUCACGUCGAUGUUGAUUCGCGAGGUUGCUGAUCCAUUGAGGAACCUGAAGCCCACGUCAACGGAAAUUGCAGCGAUCAAAGUGUUGAUGCUCUUGAAGCCGACAUGUCUUCGGGAACUGAACGCCGGUGAACUAGCAGGAAGCGAAGACAUCGAAGCGGUGUUGAAGACACGAAACCGAGUGAUCAGUGGAUUGCACUCGCACUACGUCCAAAAACGGAUGGGCGUUGAAGAUAUUGCUGUUCGACUUGGAGAGCUGCUAAUGCUCAUCGGAGGAAUCGAAGUGUGUGCUGAUCGUGCACUCGAGGAAAUGCACAUGCUCCGCGUUUUCAAUCUAUCGUCGUUCGACGCGAGCUGCUCGGAUGUGAUUUUCGGAUUCAACAGGGAUUUCUAA